GUACUCCCGUCCCCUUUGCUUCCCGGGAGGCAAAGCCGAGAGCUCAGGUUCUCUCAGGCCAGACACACCACAGCCCUUUGAAACGCUCUGUGUCCCUUACCCCACCCAUGAAUGUGCCAAACCAACCUCUAGGACAUGGAUGGAUGUCUCAUGAGGACUUACGAGCUAGAGGACCCCAGUGCAUCCCUUCCGAUCAUGCCCCCCUGUCUCCACAAAGCAGUGUAGCCUCUUCGGGAAGUGGUGGGAGUGAACAUUUAGAAGAUCAGCCUUCCGCUCGUAACACAUUCCAGGAGGAAGGGAGUGGGAUGAAAGAUGUCCCAGCCUGGCUGAAGAGCCUCCGGCUGCACAAGUACGCCGCCCUCUUCUCGCAGAUGACGUACGAGGAGAUGAUGGCCCUCACCGAAUGCCAGCUCGAGGCACAAAACGUUACCAAAGGCGCAAGACACAAAAUAGUCAUCAGUAUCCAAAAGCUAAAAGAAAGACAAAACCUGCUCAAAUCUUUAGAAAGGGACAUCCUGGAAGGUGGCAACUUGCGUGUCCCACUGCAGGAACUACACCAAAUGAUCCUCACCCCCAUCAAAGCCUACUCUUCCCAAAACUCCAGCACGGAGGAGCACAGCCGGGACGCGGACUCGCAUCACCCCUCCUCCCUGAUCGGCUCAGACAGCCAAGGCUCUGACUGCAAGGACUCUGCCGCGGGCGGGAUGCAGCAGCACCAUUUGCCGGGAUGCGAGGGCGAGUCGGGGGGGGCCCCUUUGCCCGAAGGUGACCUGCCCGGACAGUUCACCAGAGUGAUGGGGAAAGUAUGCACGCAACUUUUAGUUUCCCGACCCGACGAAGAGAAUAUAAGUUCCUAUUUACAGCUCAUAGACAAAUGUCUAAUCCACGAG